AUGGCGCCCCUAAGCCUCCUAGCUGGACUACAUAUGUGGUGGCUGACUGAGUCUGGAGAGCUGGUCGCCUUUAAUUGCCUCAGCUGCUCAUUCUUUUAUCGACUUGGUAGUAUUUUUUACUGUGAUUUUUUUAGAAGUGAAGAUCUUUUUCACUUUUUUAUCUGGCUGAGUACCUAUAUCAACAUGUCCUUCCACCCCUACAAUAAAUGACCCUCAGUCCGCCAUAGACACUCAUUACAUAGUUUUGAAUAUCUGAUACAUUUUUCGCAAGAUGUUGACGUCCAGACAGCAGGUAGCUGACUGUACUGGUCGUAUAGUGUCUUAGCUCGCUUUGCUAGAGCUUAUGGUUCCACAAACAACCGCCCGGUCAGGAGCUUCAUGUGGUGGGGCCCGAAUAUCAGCUCACAAGUGAUCCAAUAAUGAACCUUGUAAUAGAUCCAGUACACCUGACUAUUACCACCUUUGUGACUGGCUUAGUCUUCGUCUGUUUGCCUUUUCUGUCGUGUCUUUCUCUUAAUUCUAUCAAGUUCGCAAAAACAACACCGGAUCCGGUUGAAAUGUAAGUCACCAAGCACAUCUUUCAGCGAUGGGUAUCCACCAAUACAUGAUUUCAUGAACACGAUGGAAUAAAGCAGUAAGGUGUACCCAACGCCAGAGCCUACAAUUGAAUCAAUUCUUCCUGUUCUAUAGCUGAAUAUACGCGUCAGCUCUGAGCGCAGGCUUGGAACAUGGGCUGAAAUUUCGUAUGCGAUUGACCAAUCGCACACCCGAAGUUUCAGCUGACCGCAGAGUAUGCGGGGAUAUGC